GUGAGAUAACUUGAAUUCCAUCGGAAAAAUAAUCACCACAAUAGAUUUUACGUAUGUUUUUCAAAAAUUGAGUGGGUAUGACGUAUAUUAUUUGCGACUCUUUGAGGUACGGACUUGCAUGUUUCAGGAACAGUAGACAUGUCAGUGAAGCCCUUUACCCCAGAGGAGGCACGGGAGAUUUUGGAAUCUCUACAGCAGCCUGUGGUCUUCUUCGGCAUGGCUUCUGAUUGGCCAGCACUAGACUGGAACGUAGAGCAGUUGUCACAAAUCCUGGACCGGAAGGCGGUCCGAUUUCGCAUCGCACAAAGACGAGAGGGAAAAACUCCUUUGUUUGAGACCCAGUGCUCCUACAGAGAGGCCACAGUGAGGGAGUUUCUGUGCUGGGCCACAGGCCAGAGCGAGGCUGGCUCUGGGCCCUUCUGUGAGCUCCCCCUCUCUGACCACUGGGCCUACGCUGACUACAAGUACCUGGCCCUGCUGUUCGAGGACAAGCCCUCCAUGUUUGAGGGCGUGGCAUGGUCGGACUUCGGGUACCCGGGUCGAAACGGGCGGGAGAGCACCCUCUGGAUCGGCACGGCUGGUGCCAACACCCCGUGCCACCUGGACUCGUACGGGUGCAACCUGGUCCUACAGGUACAAGGGAGGAAAAGAUGGCACCUGUUUCCCCCCGAGGACACGGGCUGCCUGUACCCCACCAGGGUCCCGUACGAGGAGUCCAGCGUGUUCAGCCGGGUCAGCGUGACGCGCCCGGACCUCCAGCGCUUCCCCGCCUUCUCCGGAGCCAGAGCCCACACAGUCACGCUGGAGCCCGGACAGGUGCUCUUCGUCCCCCGGCACUGGUGGCAUUACGUGGAGUCGCUCGACCCGCUGACCGUCAGCGUCAACUCCUGGAUGGAGCUGGAAGUGGACGACGAAGCGCGGGUUGCGGAGGCUGUCACCAGGACCGUCGUCUGCGCCCUGAAGACCACGCCCGGCGCUGACAACGGCGACGCCUGGCUCAACCCCACAGAGGGCGUGGUCACGUCACAUGACGAGAACCUGCAGUACCUGAACCUGGCCGUGCGGGCGUGUGCCGAGAAGCAGGGGGGUACCCCGCACGAAUCCCCACCGCCUCCGCCGCCGCCGCCCGCCACAGCCAACGCCCGGGCGGGGAAGCGGGACGUCAAGGGGCAGCCCAAACGCGGAACGGGCCCCCACCCCGCCCUCAGCGCCCCCUUCGGGCCCCACCUCGUCCCCGUGCCCCCCAGCGCCCAGCGGUUCGAGGAACGAGGGGACCCCCACCCCGAACCAUACCCUUGCACGGACUCCGCCCCUGAGCCCCCCCGCAGCUGUGACCGAAAGGCUGCGGACUCGCCAAGGGGUGGGGCAUCCCAGGAGAUGUGCCCGAGGGGCGGGGAGCACAGACCCAUCUCCACCAAUGACCUGCUGGAGUGCCUGGUUCAUCCAGAGGUCGUCGCCAUGGUGACCAAGCUCCUCUUGAGCAGGCAGAGCACGCAUCGCGGUUUUGUGUGAACGUUGGACCUCAAACGCACGUUUGAAUCCGCUCCAAAAUGUCAGAAACUUUUGUUUAAUAAACAAGUGAAAAAUCA